GGUGAAGCCGGAGAACUAAGAUUAAAGCAAUUGAUCAAUUAUGAUUAUUGGAAUGUUCGACAAAAUCAGAAAUUAACAACUAAAGGUUAUGUUUUAUUUAUGGAUAAUGACAGUUCUUACGAAGUUACCUUCAGUUGGUCACAAACAGAGUUAAAAGAGAAUGAUUGUAUUUUUCAAUGCGGAACUGCUACUUGUAAAUUUGUAGCAGAUUCUGGAGAAUUUUCUGAAUA